AUGUCGCAGCCGCAGGAUGAUAAUGUGAUGCGAAGGAAACUUGUGAUAAUUGGCGAUGGUGCUUGCGGAAAGACCAGCUUACUCAGUGUCUUCACCCUCGGGUACUUCCCAACUCAUUACGUGCCGACGGUGUUCGAAAACUACGUGACGGAUUGCCGAGUCGACGGCCGCUCGGUCCAAUUGGCUCUUUGGGAUACAGCAGGACAAGAAGACUAUGAGCGUUUGCGACCAUUGGCAUAUUCCAAGGCCCAUGUCAUCCUCAUUGGAUUUGCGAUGGAUACUCCAGAUUCGUUGGAGAACGUGAAACAUAAGUGGAUCGAAGAAGCAAACGAGCGCUGUCCUGGUGUGCCGAUCCUGCUAGUCGGAUUGAAGAAGGACCUUCGCGAAGAUCCACUGGCAAUCGAAGAAAUGCGCAAGAAGUCCCUCAAGUUCGUGACAACGAAGGAGGGCAAUGAUAUUGGAACAUCAAUUGGAGCUCGCAAAUACCUCGAAUGCUCGUCUCUGACAGGUGAAGGCGUCGACGAUGUCUUUGAAGCUGCUACCCGUGCAGCGCUGCUCACAUUCGACAAGCGCAAAAGUUCAUGCUGUGUGGUUAUCUGA